UGCCGGCAUCAUACCCGCCUGACGUGAAAGCUCCUUAGUCACUUUGAGCUAAUGACAAACCCUGCAGCAUUGAUAACCAACUCUAAGCUUCGGAGAUCUCAAGCGGGAUGCCGGCUCAGUGAUCCAAACUUGAUAAAUCUGUCAUGAACUUAGAUCAGCAUUGAAUUUUGACCUCACGAUUGGAACUUAUAAGUACCCCUAUCGGACACACUCACUCGACUCUACCAGCAUUGCCAAGUUCUCACAUCCUGGGUAAAGUCCAAUUCUCUCUCUCUGUUUACCUUCUCGAACAACAAUGGCCCCCACCCUGAGCAUCACCCACAUCGGCACCGCCACCGCCAUCCUCGAGAUCAACGGGGUCAACUUCCUCACCGACCCGUUCUUCUCGCCCGCCGGCACAGAGUUCCCAUCCGGCCACAUCGUGCUCCGCGUCGAAGACGACCCAGCGCUGCGCCUGGACCAGCUGCCCGUCAUCGACGCCGUCCUCCUCAGUCACGAAGACCACGCUGACAACCUUGACCCGCCGGGCCGCCAGCUCCUCGACGCGCGCCCGGUCUUCACGACCGUCGACGGCGCGCGCAACCUCGCCCCGCGGCCCGCCGUGCACGGCAUGAAGCCCUGGUCAACUAUCACCACGCACAUCGCCGGCCAACAGUUCACCAUCAUCGCCACGCCGACGCAGCACGUCCCCGGCGCCGAAUGCACGGGGUUCCUCGUCACGGCCGAAAGCUUCGGCCGGGGACGCGACAACCUGCCCAACGCCAUCUACUUCACCGGCGACACGGUCUACAUCCCGGAGCUCGAGCAGAUCGCGGCCCGGUACCACGUCUGCGCCGCGGUGAUGAACCUGGGCAACGCGCACGUGUCGAUGCCGGAGGACCCCGAGGGCCCCAAGCUGCAGAUCACGAUGGGUGGCAAGGACGGCGCGCGGCUGUUCCGCGCGCUGCGGGCCGAUGUGCUGGUGCCGAUGCACUACGAGUCGUGGGGCCAUUUCACGCAGUUCGGGCAGGAGCUGCGAGAGGUGUUUGAGGCGGAGGGGAUCAGUGAGAAGGUGCGCUGGUUGCGGGGCGGGGAGAAGGUGGCGGUGCUGUAGGCAUUUUUAUCGGUUGAUGUAUGUUUCGUGGCUACACCAGAAUGGGUUUAUUAUAGACUA